UAAAUUGUGGUAAGGAAAUUGUAUAACUUGCGGUGAGUGGUGAGAGAGGCAAUGAACGAAGCAUGAGGAAUUGGAUGAGCAUGAUGGCGAUGAGCGCAGUUGCAAACUCAACAUUUCUUCCUCUCAAAACCAUUAUCCCCUUUUCUCUCACCAAAACGUCGCCGUUUCUCUUUUCUCUCACCACUCCCUCUCGCCGCUAUCUUUCUGCUUCCGCUCUUCCUUCUAUAUCCACUGACCAUGAGUUCAACUUCUCUGAUUCUUCUGGAGAUGGAAACGGUGUUGCAGUUUCAAGAAAAAGUUCCAAAGUUCUUCUUAAAGGGAUGACUUAUUCUGAACUUGAAAAAUGGGUUCAAUCACAUGGAUACAGGCCAGGGCAGGCCAUUAUGUUAUGGAAGCGUAUGUAUGGAAACAACAUUUGGGCACAUCAUACUGAUGAGUUGGAAGGUUUGAACAAGGAUUUCAAGAAGAUGUUGAGCGAAAAUGCAGAUUUCAUGGCACUUGCUGUGAAAGAAAUUCACGCAGCGUCUGAUGGAACUAGAAAGAUUUUAUUCACAUUAGAUGAUGGAAUGGUCAUAGAAACAGUUGUGAUACCUUGUGAUAGAGGCAGGACUACUGUGUGUGUUUCCAGUCAAGUUGGAUGUGCCAUGAAUUGUCAAUUUUGCUAUACUGGAAGAAUGGGUCUUAAGAGACAUCUUACUGCCGCAGAAAUAGUUGAGCAGGCCGUUUUUGCCAGACGGCUAUUCACAAGUGAAGUUGGUUCCAUCACCAAUGUUGUGUUUAUGGGCAUGGGGGAACCACUUCAUAACAUUGAUAAUGUCAUUAAAGCUGCAGAUAUUAUGGUGGAUGAUCAAGGGCUUCAUUUCAGCCCCCGCAAGGUCACUGUUUCAACCAGUGGGCUUGUUCCGCAGCUCAGACGUUACCUUCAGGAAUCCAACUGUGCUAUUGCUGUUAGUUUGAAUGCAACUAAUGAUGAGGUGAGAAACUGGAUCAUGCCUAUAAAUCGAAAGUAUAAACUGGACUUGCUUCUUGAGACGCUUCGGGAGGAGCUUUCCUUCAAACACAAAUAUAAGGUUCUAUUUGAGUAUGUGAUGCUUGAAGGAAUUAAUGACAGCAAUGAAGAUGCAAAGAGGCUUACUGAACUUGUGAAGGGGAUCCCUUGCAAGAUCAAUCUCAUCUCAUUCAAUCCACAUAGUGGAUCCUUCUUCAAACCAACUAAAGAGGAAAGGAUGAUUGAAUUCCGAAAUAUGCUAGCUGAGGCAGGAUGCAUAGUCCUUUUAAGACCGAGUAGAGGCGAUGAUCAAAUGGCCGCAUGUGGUCAGUUAGGCAAGCCCGGUACCAUUCAAGCUCCGAUGCUUCGUGUCCCUCAGCAAUUCCAAAUGGCAGUGGGAAGUUCAACGUGAUUAUGGUUUCUGUUGCAAAGUGGUCUAGCAGUUGUUAAUGAAUUCCAUAAGGCAUUUGUGACGUCAUAUUGAAAAUGGGAUGGAAUGAAGUGUGCAUAUGCUUGACAGCAUGUUGAGAAUACAGGACAUGAAAGGAUAUAUGCUUGUUUCCAUAUUGUUAGGUUAGUUCCUGACAUUAAAUGACCAGAAAGGAGCAUUAUGAUUAAUUAUUAUUUAUAUUACUAGGUUAGUUCCUUUUAAUUUUGUAUUUUAAGAUAUAUUGGGGAAAAUUAUGUCGAUUGUUUCAAAUUAGAAGUUCCUAAUGUUAUUAACUUAUUAUGCUUAUGCAGGUAUUCACGAGGCUGAUAAAUUAUUGCUUAGACUUCAUUAUGCUAACACCAGCUUUGUAAAAAACAAUUUGUGUUGUAAUUUUUUUUACAAAUUCCUCUUCUUUUUUUUUCUUUUUUUUUGUUUUGAUAUAAACAAAUUUAUUUUCUUUGGUUGUUGAGAAAGAAUUAAAAAAAAUCACAUCUUUUAAAAGUAUCAUAAAAAAAAUUCUACAUAUUUUUCAAUUCAAAAAUAGUUGCCUGAAGAAAAGGUCUAGUAAUAUAGGGUUGUUGUAAAGGUUAAAUAUAAUAAUAGGAUUGUUGUAAAGAAUAAAAGGUCUUGUAUAUAAAUGGCCUCAUCUUUUUU